AUGGGCUGCUCUGCCAGCAUACUCCUACUGCAAGCUCUACGUUCAGUGCUGAGAGGCAACUGUGCACACAUCUGCUCCCACCGACAGGAACAAGUCUCCCUGGAGGUCUUAACACUGGAGGAAGGGGAGGCUGACAGCCGACCCCGCACCAUCAUCGUCAUGCAGGAGAAGCCAAAGCUGAUUGAUCCUCUGGACUAUGAAACAGUCAUUUGUGAACUUGAACCUGAGCUGAGGGGAGACCCCAACCAGGACCUGCUGCUGUUCCCCGAAAAUGACUUCACCGUUUCCACUGUCCCUGUGGAGAAACGAACGCUGCAUUCUACUGUGCCAGAGGGAGCUGAGGACCAGGCCGAAUGUCUGCUGGUCAGACAGGCCUGCAAGUACUACAAUUCCCAGCUCCAUGUAGUGAGUUAUAAGUAUGAAGAAUAUGCAGGAGACUACCGCAUGCUUCCCAGGAAGGUGUAUAAAGCAGAGAAGUUGCCAUCUCACUCCUUUGAGAUAGACCAUGAAGAUGUGGAUAAGGAUGAGGACACCACGUCAUUGUCAUCGUCUAAAGGAGGAGGUGGAGGUGGAGGUAGCGGUGGUGGAGGGGGAGCGACCAGCGUCUUUAAGUCCGGCUGGCUCUACAAAGGGAACUUCAACAGCACAGUUAACAACAGCAUCACUGUUCGGUCAUUCAAGAGAAGAUAUUUCCAGUUGACACAGCUAACAGAUAACUCCUACAUCAUGAACUUUUACAAAGAUGAGAAGAUAUCUAAGGAGCCUAAAGGUUGCAUUUUCCUGGAUUCGUGUACAGGCGUGGUUCAGAAUAAUCGUCUGAGGAAGCACGCAUUUGAACUGAAGAUGAACGAAGUGACGUACUUUGUCCUGGCUGCUGAGAGCGAACAGGACAUGGAGGACUGGAUCAAUACUCUGAACCGGAUCCUUCAAAUCAGCCCCCCUGAGGUGCCAGUCAUAGACCGCAAGAGUGUGGACCUGACAGACACCAGACAAGACGUUUUUGACCUGUCUUUGAAUGAUGCUUGUCUUGCCGAAAAACAAGAAACAUCAGAAAAUGGAAUCAAUCCUGAACUCGCUAAGUACAUCACAGAGACGGAGGAGAUGGUUCGAAGUGCCAGAAGGGAGGAGCGAUUGAAUCUUUUCUCUUUGGACCCAGACACGCCGGUGCUGAGGAGUCCACGUGGAGAGUAUGGGUCAGGGGAGACCGCUCCUGUCCGGCCUUUUGAAGAGAAACUUGGAAAAAGACUGAUGAUCAACUGCCGUUCCCUCAACCUCACUCUGCAGGGCUGUGUGAAUGAAGCUGAAACAGAGCCAGUCACUAAUAUUGAGCCCUUCUUUGUGACCGUGGCUCUGUUGGACAUGCGCGAGAAUAGGAAGGUCUCAGCAGACUUCCACGUGGACCUGAACCACGACGUGGUGCGGCAGAUGCUGAGUGGUUCUGGCAGUCAGGGAGUACCAGCUGGACCGCAAGAGAACGGACUGGGCUCCCCCACUGAGAGGAGACCAGGAGACUGCCAGUUGAGCCCAGACCUGGAAAACUGGCUUAGGUUCCCCAAGCAGGCCAUCUUCUCCAUCACAAACCCCCACACUGAUAUCGUCUUGGUGGCCCGAGUGGAGAAAGUACUGAUGGGAAACAUCACCAGCGGGGCAGAGCCCUACAUUAAAAACGCAGACUCCAGUAAGACUGUUCAAAAGAUGUUAAAAUCCAACAAGCAGUUUUGCAGCAAACUAGGGAAAUACCGAAUGCCUUUUGCAUGGUCGGUAAGAUCAGUGUUUAAGGAUAAUCAGGGCACGGUGGACAGGGAAUCUCGUUUCUCUCCUCUCUUCAAGCAGGAGAGUAAUAAGAUCUCUACCGAUGACCUGAUCAAACUUAUCUCUGAAUACAGAAGGGCAGAGAAAACCAGCAAACUCCAGACGAUCCCAGGUAAUCUGGAGAUCAGUGUGGACUGUGUCCCAAUGGAGCAUCCCAACUGUGUGACGUCGUCAUACGUGCCCCUGAAACCGGUUGAGGACUGCAGUCAGCAUGCGCCCACCGUAGAGGUUGAAGAAUUCCUCCAGGAGUCGGCCAAAUUCGCCCAACCUUACCGUGUCUACAAAAACCACAUCUACGUUUACCCCAAGCAUCUAAAAUAUGACAGCCAGAAGAGUUUCGCUAAGGCACGAAACAUUGCUGUUUAUGUGGAGUUUCGAAAUUCUGAUGAAGAACAAGCCAAACCACUUAAGUGCAUCUACGGAAAGCCUGGAGGUCCAGUUUUCACCACGUCUGCCUGCUCGACUGUCUUGCACCAUUCGCAGAACCCAGACUUCUAUGAUGAGGUGAAGAUCGAGUUGCCCACACACCUCCAUGAGAAACAUCACCUACUCUUCUCCUUCUAUCAUGUGACCUGUGAUAUCAAUGCAAAGACCAGUUCCAAAAAGAAAGAGUCUCUUGAAACUCCAGUUGGCUAUGCAUGGUUGCCUCUGCUGAAGGAAGGACGCGUAUCCUCACAAGAGUUCAGUGUGCCAGUCGCCUGCAACCUGCCCAGUGGGUACCUCCUCAUUAAAGAGCCUGCAUCCAACAAGGGUGGGACUGAUGUGAAAUGGGUGGAUGGAGGAAAACCCAUAUUUAAAGUCUCCACCCUUGUUCUCUCCACCGUCUACACUCAGGACCCCCAUCUGAACCGAUUCUUCCAGCAGUGCCAAAAGCGAGAAGUGGAGCUCUCUCAGCCACCUACCUCAAAUUUCCUCAACUGCCUGAAGGGCCUUCUUAGUAUGGAGAGGAUCCAUGUGAUCAUCCGCUUCCUGCCUGUGCUCUUCAACCAGCUUUUCAAAGUGCUCACUCAGAAUGACAACGAUGAGGUCACUGCUGCCACCACCAGGGUCCUGGUGCACAUUCUUGCAAAGUGCCAUGAAGACCAUCUGGACCACUACUUGCACUCUUACAUAAAAUUUGUGUUUAAGACUGAGUCACACGGAUUUCGCACAGUGCAUGAGGAACUGGCCAAGGGCAUGACCUCUGACCUGAAGAGCAACGACCAGAUGGUGGUCAGGAACAUGCUCAAGUUCUCCUGGUUCUUCCUUGAGCUCAUAGUAAAGUCUAUGGCCCAGGACCUGUCUGACUCAGACUCAAAAAAACUCAAGCUUCCCAGACCACAGCGCUUUCCCAGUUCCUUCCUGGGCCGACUGGAGAACCUGAUCAUGACCGUGUCUGACCACAUCUUCUGGAAAAACAAAGAGCUCCAGGAGGAGACGCGCAGUGCUAACCAGGCUGUGGCCGCCUUCGUUAAGCGCUGUUUUACUCUCAUGGAUCGUGGUUUCACUUUUAAACUCAUCAGCAACUACAUCAACAUGAUCACAGCCAGCGACAACAAGACUCUGUGUGAGUUUAAGUUUGAGUUCCUGCGAGAGGUGUGUAACUACGAACACUACAUCCCUCUCAGUCUUCCCAUUCCCUCCGCCCGAAUCACAGGUCAGUUGGAUGUGCCAGAGUACAGCCUGACGGAGGAAUUCUGUCGAAAGCAUUUCCUGACGGGGCUGUUGCUACGGGAACUGGGGCUGGCCCUGCAGGAUGAGCAGGAUCUGCGUCAUUUAGCUCUGGCCAGUCUGAAAAAUCUGAUGGCCAAACACUCACUGGACCCCCGCUACGCCACCAAGGAGAAGCAGGCGCGGAUUGCCUCUCUCUACCUGCCUCUGUAUGGCCUCAUUCUGGACAACAUGCCACGUUUCUUCCUCAGAGAUCUCUUCCACAUUUACCUUCCCUCCAGUGACCAGGGUUCUAGAGAUGACGUGAGCGUGGGAGGGGGCGUGGCCACAGGUCAGGUCCCCCACAUACUUCGCCAUGGUAACUCUGUGGAUGCCUCCUUCUCCAAAGAGGUGCUCAACUCCAUCACAGCCUUUUCAUCCUUAGCCAUCUCCACGGCGAAUCACACUGACUCACGUGGCUCUCUGAUCAGCAUUGAAUCCAAUCCCAGCAACAGUGACAGGAACAGUGAGAAGAUGGAUGGAUGUGAAAAGUUUGCCAGACCGCAGUCUCUUAUUGGCUACGGCUCACGUUUCGAUAAACUGGACCAGGCAGAGACUCGCAGCUUGCUCAUGUGUUUCCUUCACAUCAUGAAGACCAUAUCAGAGGAUGUCUUGCUCUCCUACUGGCACCGUGCGGUCCAUCAGGAAAUCUCUGACUUCUUCAAUAUUCUAGAGCUGUGUCUGCAGCACUUCAGAUUUCUGGGAAAGCGUCAGAUAGCCAGGAAGCUAGCGGCCGCCCUAAAGCUGGCGCAAGCCACGCAGAACAAUGGCACCCUGAAAGGUUCUAACACAUCCUCCCAGUCUUCCACAGGGCUCCUCCCACAAUGGAUGCUGUCAAGCCAAGAUGGGCACAGACAUGCUCGUUCCCAGACCAUGCCCAUCAUUAGGGGCAAGAACGCUCUGACCAACCCCAAACUGCUGCAGAUGAUGGAGACAGGUAAUGCCACAGCCAGCAUGAACACUAAAUCAGACCCCAGUGUUCACCCGGCUGACAUUGAGGCUAAUCUGUCCACUGAAGUAGCCCUUACAGUGCUGGAUGUAUUAGGACUCUUUGUUCAUCACCAUAAGAAACAGCUACAGCAGGAUGAAGGCCAGAACCCUCUGAUGAAGAAAGUGUUUGACACGUACCUGCUCUUCUUCCAGAUUAAUCAGUCCACCACCACUCUCAGACAUGUCUUUGCCGCCCUACGACUCUUCAUUCAGAAGUUCCCCUCGGUGUUUUUCCAGGGAAAAGCAGACAUGUGUGGCUGUCUGUGUUAUGAGAUUCUAAAGUGCUGUAACCAUCGCUCCAGCUCCACUCAGACCGAGGCCUCCGCCCUUCUCUACUUCUUCAUGAGAAAAAACUUUGAGUUCACCAAGGGCAAAUCUAUCGUCCGCUCCCAUCUGCAGCUCAUUAAGGCAGUUAGCCAGCUGAUUGCAGAUGCGGGAAUUGGUGGCUCGCGCUUCCAACAGUCCCUGGCUAUUAUCAACAACUUCGCCAAUGGUGAUGCUCCGCUCAAAAGCACAUCCUUCCCGGCGGAGGUGAAGGACCUUACGAAGCGGAUCCGCACGGUUCUGAUGGCCACGUCUCAGAUGAAGGAGCACGAGAAGGACCCGGAGAUGCUGGUGGACCUGCAGUACAGCCUGGCUAACUCCUACGCCAGUACACCUGAGCUCAGACGCACCUGGCUGGAGAGCAUGGCCAAGAUCCACGUCCGCAACGGAGACCUGUCAGAGGCCGCCAUGUGCUAUAUCCACAUCUCUGCCCUCAUAGCAGAGUCACUGAAGAGGAGAGCUUCUUUCUGCAUGGGCUGGGCUGCAUUCAUGAACAUCUCACCCAACGUGAAGGAAGAAGGAGCCAUGAAAGAGGACACAGGCACGCAAGACACUCCUUACACAGAGGACACACUGGUGGAGCAGUUGGAACUCUGUGUAGAUUACCUAUGGAAAUCGGAGAGAUACGAGCUUAUUGCAGAUAUCAACAAACCCGUCAUCGCUGUCUUUGAGAAGAGACGAGACUUCAAGCGCUUGUCUGAGUUGUACUACGACAUCCACCGCUCCUACCUGAAGGUCACAGAGGUCGUGAACUCCGAGAAGAGGCUCUUUGGCCGAUAUUACCGCGUCGCUUUCUACGGACAGGGCUUUUUUGAGGAGGAGGAGAGUAAAGAGUUCAUCUAUAAGGAGCCCAAGCUGACAGGCCUCUCCGAGAUCUCCCAGAGACUCCUCAAACUCUACUCCGACAAGUUUGGAGCCGACAAUGUCAAGAUGAUCCAGGACUCCAACAAAGUCAAUCCCAAAGAUUUGGACCCCAGGUUUGCGUACAUUCAGGUAACGUACGUGGUACCCUACUUCGACGAGAAAGAACAACAGGAGAAGAAGACGGACUUUGAGCAUCAUCACAACAUCAGUCGCUUUGUCUUUGAGACGCCCUUCACGCUGUCUGGGAAGAAACACGGGGACGUGGAGGAGCAAUGCAAGAGACGAACCAUACUGACCACGAGCUCUUCCUUCCCGUAUCUGAAGAAGCGUAUUCAGGUGGUGGAACAGCAGAGCACAGAGAUGAACCCCAUUGAGGUGGCUAUCGAUGAAAUGAGUCGGAAAGUUUCUGAACUCAACCAGCUCUGCAGUAUGGAUGAGGUCGACAUGAUCCGUCUUCAGCUCAAACUGCAGGGCAGCGUCAGCGUCAAGGUGAAUGCAGGGCCCAUGGCUUACGCCCGAGCCUUCCUGGAGGAAAAGAAUGCCAAAAAAUACCCCGACAACCAAGUCAAACUCCUCAAGGAAAUAUUCAGGCGCUUUGCGGAGGCAUGCGGCCAGGCUCUGGAUGUGAAUGAGAGGCUGAUAAAGGAGGAUCAGCUGGAGUAUCAGGAGGAGAUGAGAGCGCACUACAGGGACAUGUUGACUGAGCUCUCUGCCAUCAUGAACGAGCAGAUCCCUCAUACAAAACAGCCAGGAACGGACCGAUCCAGCGCCUGCUGAUUAGCCAGUAAGGAAUGCUG